AUGCGGUCGCUACUUUCCGUCACUGCACUUACAGCAUCAAUAAGCCAUGCUUUUGCCCAAGACUCUGGAACUUUCAACACGUUGACUUUCAAUGUCGCUGGUCUGCCUGCUGUUUUAAACGGCAACGAUGUCCCUGGCGACAAGACCGCAAAUACCGCACGCAUUGGGCAACUGUUCACGCGCUACAACAUCUCUCUGAUCCACGUGCAAGAGGACUUCAAUUACCACGCUACCCUGUACGAAAAUGACAAGCACCCAUUCCGGACGCCGACAAGCGGUGGUGUACCAAUUGGUAGCGGACUGAACACACUGAGCAACUAUGAAUUUGCUGCGUUCGAGAGGGUGAAAUGGAAUGAUUGCAGUAACACAGAUUCAGCGGAUUGUCUCACACCAAAAGGCUUUACAUUUAUGCGCGUCAAGCUCGCCGCCGGUGUUUGGAUCGAUGCGUACAACCUUCACGCUGAUGCUGGCACGACAACAGCCGACAACACAGCCCGCGCAUCCAAUCUCCGCCAAGUCUCAGACUAUAUCAAGAGCCGCUCCAUAGGAAAUGCCGUCCUUGUGUUCGGAGACUCGAACUCCCGCUAUACGCGAAAGGAUGACAUUCCCUUCGUUUUCAAGGAUGAAAACGGUAUGACAGAUGCCUGGGUUGAGCACAUUCGCAAGGGUAACCCACCAGCGCCAAAUACACCCGCACUACUCUGCGACAACCCAUCACCAAACGCUACAUGUGAGAUUGUAGACAAGACUUGGUACCGCGGCUCACCUGCCCUCACGCUCAAGGCGAAGAGAUUCCAGUAUGCUGGCGACAUGUUCCUGCAAGAUGAUGGCAACGUGCUGAGCGACCACAACGGCGUACUCGUUGACUUUGAAUGGACGCAGAGUGAUCGCCUUCGCAUAUCAGAUACAUUUGGUGGCGAGUCUGGCAACUGGUACAAUGACCUCGAUACCAUUGCUGGCAUCGACAGUCCCACGGUCUCUUCUAUCAGUCUGCGCGGGCAAGAUCGUGUCGAUGCAAUGUUACUCACGCUCUCGUCUGGCCAGAAACUAUCACAUGGCGGAACUGGCGGUACAGAGACGACUCUGACCUUGGACGCAGGAGAGACACUUACUGGAUCGACCUUGUGCCGUGGCAACAGGGACAACAAGACGCGGAUUUUCUAUGCUGAGAUGACGACGAGCGCAGGAAGAAAAGUGACAAAGGGUGUAAAGACGAAUGAUUGCGAUACAAGAAGUGCCGAGCGUGGGUGGAGUAUUGUUGGAUUCCUGGGCCGCGCCGGGAAUGAGUUGGAUCAGGUGGGAUUUGUAUAUCGCAAGGCAUAG